UUUAUGUUUCUAUGUUCAUUGUAUGCACCAAUAACCAGAGCAAAUUCCAGUUAGAUGUAAACCUACUUGGCAAUAAAUACCUUCUGAUUCUGAUAUAGUUAGCAAGGUUGUACAAAAACUGCAAGACAUUGCCCCAAAAAUGGGUGAAAGGAUGUUUUAGGCGUUAGGGAAGAACCCAUUAACCUUUAGUGUAGAUCCGAAACAGGGGGUGGAUCAAGAAUAAAAAAAAAUAAAAAAAACAGUUUUGACAUUUUCCUUGAUUUCUCACAAAACAAUUAAUGGAUCUUGAUGUGAAAAGCCAGACGCGUUUAGGGGAUAUUUAUGAUUGUGUGCAAUUCGGUGCAGCUCCGAAACAGGAAUGUGGAUCUAUUGAAUUAAAAUGUUGUUUCAUGAGAGGACUGCUGGACCGUGGCAAAUGUCUGUGCUCUAGUUCCUGAUUUUUUGUUCCAAUAUGUAUCAGCCAUGUAUUGUUAAAAAGGUAAACAAUUCUAAUUUGACAAUUCAAGCUUGGUUAACCUUAAACUUAUCUGCAUUCGUUUCUAAGAAUUCUAAGAAGUCAACUGCUUCCCAUUUUUUUCUGAGCCUCCUCCCUGAUCCACUUGUUCCCCCGGCUGUUUUUGUGGACAGAUACUUAUGCCCACCAUCUGUUUAAGCAUGUCAACAACCCUCAAAAACUCCCAGUUAACCAUCAAGGUCAAGCAGAACCAGAACACGGCCAUCAGCAUCUGCAGCUGAAGCAACUGAAGCUAGAUAUUCUGCAGAAUGGACGAGUGAAAUAAACAAUGAUUGCACAUGAUAUGUUUUCAAAUAAUAUUUAUUCUGUUACCUAUAUGAAUGCAUUUUUUGGGAAUAGAAGGAUCAGUAUAACCAGUAUUUGCAGCUGUCAUAUUAUUCACAUUGAUGGCACAGGCCAAGACAACCUGCUUUCAAAGCAGCUGCUGCCCUUUAUCAGAACGCUCAUCUGUUUAAUCAGCGCCAGGCGUAGUAAGGUUUUAAUCCUAAUCCACUUUGCAUGUUGUUUUGUUUAGGUGAUCACGGGGUUUGUCCGAGACACCUCUCCCAGCAGCUCAUGAGCAUUUUCACCAGUGUGUGUUUGUUUCUGACUUUUGUGAGUGUGUGGCUUCAGGGACGGGACAUGCAAUAGAUUUACAGACACUGGGACAGGUGCGGCUGCAGGAGGAAAAUAAACAAUGUGUCUGAGGAAGUGAGAGGAAGGGAUGGACAAAAUGUAGCAAGGGCAGUGAAAACAAGGGUCAUGGGAUGUGGGAUGGGAAAAUCGGAACUACGGCUGAAGAAAUCUGACAGAGUGACCAUCUCAGUUCCAGGUAAACAUCAGUUUCAUUCCAACAUGUCUUUACACCUGUAAUUAAACUUAAUGCAUUAUUUGAGUUAAUUCACAUAACAUCUUCAAUCUCUAUUCAUUUUACUACGCUCUGUGAAGCUUCCACUGGUGAGUCUGACACAGUAAAUGAAAGCAUUGCAACAUGACAGAGGAAGAGCAGUGUUGACUCUCCUCUUCUCUUUCCCAGCAAUCAGGGCGGCUCUGUUGAUCCAGCGCUGGUACCGUCAGUACGUGGCCCGGCUGGAGGUGAGACGCAGGUGCACGUGGAACAUCUUCCAAUCCAUUGAAUACGCAGGAGAGCAGGACCAGAUUAAGCUCUACAAUUUCUUUGGCUUCCUGAUGCACCACUUCACCCCAGCCAGCAGUGAGAGGAACCUCAUAUCGCACAUCUUUCGCGAGAAUGAAAUCUGCCACCACGCAGAGUGGGAGAGGUAUUUCUGCUGCGAGAGCGUCGAGGUGCCAGACAGCUACGCCGGCCUCCACCUGACCUUUCCCAUGACCUUCUGUGGGGUGUCGAAGCUGGUGGAGGCCUUCAAGCACAAACAACUGCUCCAUGCUCGCUACGUUCUGCAGCUUCUCGGAGAGACCUGGAGACUUCUGAGAACUCUUACCAACAUCAAUCAUGUCUCCACCUGCCAUACGAAGGAGAUUACCAUAUGCGGAGACUUGCACGGGCACCUCGAGGACCUGCUGUUGAUAUUCUAUAAGAAUGGUUUGCCGUCCUCCGAGAAACCGUAUGUCUUCAACGGAGACUUUGUGGAUCGAGGCAAAAACUCCUUGGAGAUCCUGCUCAUCCUGUUUGGGUUCCUGCUGGUCUACCCCAAUGACGUGUACCUGAACAGGGGGAACCACGAGGACCACAUUGUUAACAUGAGAUAUGGUUUCACUAAAGAAGUUCUGGGCAAAUACAGGGUGCAUGGCAAGAAGAUCCUGAAGCUUCUCCAGAAGAUCUUCAGCUGGCUGCCCCUGGCCACAGUGAUCGAUCAUAAGGUGCUGGUAGUGCACGGAGGGAUCUCCGACACGACAGACCUCGACAUGAUAGCCAGAGUGGACCGACACAAAUACGUGUCGGCCCUCAGGCCUCCGAAGACGACCCAUCAUGCAGUAAACGGUGGUAAAACCAUGAACAACAAUGACAGAGACGCCAGCGGACCAGUGGAAGCCAGGCGUCGAGUGUGCUCUUUUAGCCACCACAGCUCGCCACCACCUCAGUGGCAUGACCUACCUCGCCGCUCGCUGCACAACCUGCCAAUGAGCCGUCAGCUCAGUUGGUCGGUGGAGGAGGAGCUCAAGAGGAGGCGCAGGCUGGCCGGGCUUGACCAGUCCUAUGGUGAGCUGCCGAGAUCUGACUCUGACCCAGAGUGCAGAGCGACAGCAGAGACAGACGAGCAUGAGUGGAAACAGAUAGUGGACGUGUUGUGGAGUGACCCCAUGCCCCAAAAUGGCUGCGUUCCCAAUGAGGUGCGAGGUGGAGGCUGCUACUGGGGUCCAGACGUCACUGAGGAGGUGCUGGGGAGACACAACCUGCAGCUCCUCAUCCGCUCCCAUGAGUGCAAACAGGACGGCUACGAGUUCUGCCACAACCGCAAGGUGCUGACAAUAUUUUCGGCCUCAAACUACUAUGAGGAGGGCAGCAACAGAGGAGCCUACAUCAGAAUGGGUCCUGACCUGGUCCCACACUUCAUUCAGUACCAGGCCAGCCGGACGCGCAGAGAGCUCACCCUGAGACAAAGUGUUGGGUGGACGGAGAGAUCAGCGCUACGGGCCCUGAGGGAACAACUGUUUGUGCAUAAGUCAGAUCUCAUCAGUGCUUUCCAGGAGUUUGAUCCCAACAACACAGGGAUGAUCAGUCUGAGGCACUGGGCCAGUGCCACAGAGAGUGUGCUGAAGCUGGGUCUGCCCUGGAGGGUGCUCCGCCCUCAGCUAGUCAGCAGCACCCAGUACAGCAUGGUCGACUACCAGCAGUGGAUCAGGGAGCUCUCCAUCACUGAGCCCAAACUAGAGAUAUCUGACACCAGCAUCCUGGAGACUAUGUACAAGAACCAUUCAAACCUGGAAACCAUCUUUCGGAUCAUAGACACAGAUCACUCUGGUUCGAUCUCUUUCGAAGAGUUUCGUCAGACCUGGAAGCUGCUGAGCUCGCAUCUGAAGACAGAAAUCAGCGGCGAGGCCAUCGCAGACCUGGCUCAGAGCAUCGACUUCAACAAGGAUGGGAGCAUCGACAUCAAUGAGUUCAUGGAGGCCUUCCGGCUGGUGGACCUCUCCUCACAUACCUGAGAGGCUGGACCAGGAGCUGGAGCUGCUGGAGCUGCUGAUCUGCUGCUUUGAAAACUGCCACAAAUACACUGGGACACUCAUCUGUGGGGAUUCAGAACCAGUAGCAUUUCACCUGCAUGAGCUUGGGGGGGCCGACAGAGUGAAAACUAGACAUUUAUUUUCUACCUCUUUACCUCUUAGACUGUUGGCUGAUUUUUUAAGA